AUGCAGGUGCUCUUUCCCGUUGCGGGCAGGAUUGUGCGACGCCCUGUGGUGCGUGCUAGCAAUCAACCCCUGCUCGGAAAGGCUCCGUGGUCCGCUGGGCGACCCGCCACACUGGAAAGCCAACAGUUCGGCGACCAGCUGGUUCCACCCCCCCAGUCGACAAUGAUGGACGCCGCUGGGUCACAUAGGUAA